AUGCAGCAGAAAGAGGAUCAGUGUGCACAGAUGGAGCAGGAGAUCUCCAAGGUGCAGAGUAAGAUGUCGGAUCUGGAGUCGGUCCUGAAGCAGAAGGAUGUGGAGCUGAAGGCCUCGGAGACGCAGAGGAGCAUCCUCGAGCAGGACCUAGCAACCUACAUCACCGAGUGCAGCAGUCUGAAGCGUAGUCUGGAGCAGGCCCGUAUGGAGGUGUCCCAGGAGGACGACAAGGCCAUGCAGCUGCUGAACGACAUACGGGAACAGAGCAACAAGCUGCAGGAGAUUAAAGAACAGGAGUACCAUGCCCAGCUUGAGGAGAUGCGCGUGUCUAUCCGUCAGCUUGAGGAGAACCUCUCCGCGGCCCGUCGCCGUAGCGACCUGUACGAGUCGGAACUCAAGGAGUCCAGACUGACGGCCGAGGAACUGAAGAGGAAGGCAACUGACUACCAGCACAAGAUACAGAAGGCGAAGGAGCAGGGCAAGUCUGAGGUGGAGGAGAUCCUGGGCAAACUACAGAAGGUCAACACAGAGCAGCAGGGCAAAAUAUCAGAGCUGGAGGACAAACUGUCCAAGGCGGUGAGGGCCAGUGGUGAGGCUGGUGACGUGCUGCUGAGCGUGCGUCAGUCUAAAGAGCGGCUGGAGAGAGAACUGGAGCGCAUUCAGACACGAGAGGACAACAGCGACAGCCUACGCAGACGCCUCAGAGAGACAGAGGAUGGGCGUAAGUCUCUGGAGGGCCAGGUGAAGCGUCUGGAGCUGGUGGAGAGAAGAGAGAGCAAGCUGAAGGAGGACAUCCAGAGCAAAGCCCAACAGAUACAGCACAUGAACGACAAGAUCAUGGAGCUGGAGGAGAGCCUUCGAGAGGCCCAGGCCAGUGGCCAUCGCAUGGAGACACAGCUGGAGCAGAAGGAACGACUCUUUGAGGACAAGAUCAAGAUAUUGGAGGCCCAGAUGAAGGCGGACAUGGCGGAUAAGGAUGUUCUGGAGUCCAAACAGAACUCCUAUGAGGAGGAGGCCCGCGAGAGCAGCAAACUCAUCGGGGAACAGAAGGCCACCAUCAAUGCUAUGGAGUCCAAGAUGACUAGUUUGGAGCAGAGGAUUGCUGAGCUGUCGGAGGCUAACAAGCUAGCGGCUAACAGCAGCAUCUACACUCAGAAGAACAUGAAAGCCCAGGAGGAGAUGAUCUCGGAGCUGCGUCAGCAGAAGUUCUACCUGGAGAGUCAGGCAGGAAAACUGGAGGCCCAGAACGCCAAGCUGGAGGAACAUCUAGACAAGAUGACGCAACAGGAGCAGAGCCACAAGACACGAGUACUGGAACUGGAGACACGACUCAGAGAGAUCGGCUUGGAGCAUGAGGAGCAGAAGUUGGAGAUUAAGCGUCAGGUGUCAGAGCUCACCCUGUCACUACAGGAGAGAGAGUCGCAGAUCAGCGGACUGCAGGCAGCUCGUCACGCUCUGGAGAAUCAGCUGCAGCAGGCAAAGACGGAACUGGAGGAGACAACAGCAGAAGCAGAGGAAGAGAUUACUGUACUGAGGGCUCAUCGUGAUGAGAUUCAGAGGAAGUUUGAUGCCCUGAGGGACAGCUGUGCGGUGAUUACGGACCUGGAGGAUCAGCUGACCCACCUGACGCAGGAGAACGCUGAGCUGAACCGCCAGAACUUCUACCUGUCCAAGCAGCUGGACGAGGCGACCGACGAGAGGGAGGAGAGGAUGCAGCUCGGGCAGGACGUGGACCGCCUCAGGAGAGAAGUGGCCGACAGAGAAAUGCACCUCAACAACCAGAAACAGAACAUUGAGACCCUGAAGACCACGUGCACCAUGAUGGAGGAACAGGUUCUGGAGUUGGAGACGCUUAACGACGAGCUGAUGGAGAAGGAGCGCCAGUGGGAGGCCUGGAGGUCCUCGCUGGAGGAGGACAAGAACCAGACGGAGAGGAGAGUCAGAGACAUGCAGAGACAACUGGACAACGAGAAGCAGAACAGGUUGCGUGCAGACCAGCGCAGCUCUGAGGCGCGGCAGGCGGUGGAUCUGGCGGUAAACGAGCACAAGGCCGAGAUACUGCUGCUACAGCAGGCCCUCAAAGACCAGAAACUCAAGGCAGAGGGACUCUCAGACACGCUGAACGACCUUGAGAAGAAGCAUUCCAUGCUGGAGAUGAACGCUCGCAGCCUGCAGCAGAAGCUGGAGUCAGAGAGAGACCUCAAGCAGAGACUCAUGGACGAGCAAGCGAAGCUACAGCAGCAGCUGGACCUCCAGAAGAGCCACAUCUUCCGCCUCACACAAGGCCUUCAGGACGCUCUGGACCAGACAGACCUGCUCAAGACCGAGAGGACAGACCUGGAGUACCAACUGGAGAACAUACAGGCGGUGUACUCCCAGGAGAAGGUGAAGCUGGAGGGCACCAUCACGCAGCAGACCAAGCUCAUAGACUUCCUCCAGGCCCAGGUGGACCACCCCUCAAAGAAGAAAAAGGGAAUCUUCGGCGCGCGUCGUCGAGAGGACCUGCUUGCGGCGCUGGCGGCCCAGGGACAGGGCCAGGUGUCGCCGGUUCCCUCGGUAACGCCCGUUCCGCUGCAGUACAGUGACCUGAAGAACGCGCUGGAGAAGGAGCGAGCGCGAAGCUCAGAACUGGAGGACGCGCUGCAGAAGACACGCAUGGAGCUACGAGAUGGUGAGUGGAACCAGGGCUCUUACACUAAGUCACAUGACCAUGGCGGUACCCCUGCGACCCCUGGCCUGUCCCGCCAGCAGCUGAUGAUGUCCACCAAGUCCAACAAGUCCCCCGAGCACCAGCCCUCGCCCACACCCCCCCUCGCACCCUCCAGCUCAGGACGACGCAAAGACACACCCAACCCCGAUGAGUAUAGUCGUCGUGGUAAGGAGCGUCUGAGCUACCAUAGCAACCACCGCUUCACCCAGGGCCUCAACAUGCGAGCCGCCAAGUGCAACGUCUGCCUGGACACCGUACACUUCGGACGCCAGGCGGCCACCUGCAUAGAGUGCCAUGCUCUGUGCCACCCCAAGUGUUCUGCGUACCUGCCCUCCUCGUGUGGGCUGCCAUCUGAGUAUGCUCUGCUCUAUUCGGAGGCCCUGUGUCGAGACAAGAACCCUUCAUCCUCCUCCUCCUCAUCUGGCCUCAAGGACCCCAACACGGGAGCCCUGCGCCUGGAGGCAUGGAUGAAGAUGCCCAGGAAUGGGAAGAGAGGUCAGGGCUGGGAGAGGAAGUACGUAAUGCUGGAAGGAACCAAAGUUGUCAUCUAUGAAAUGGAACCCAGAGAAGAGUCCAUUAAGCCGGUGGAUGAGUUUGAGUUGUGUAUCUCUGAUGGAGACGUGAUGGUGCACGGAGCUGUGGGGGCCUCAGAACUCCCAAACACCUCUAAAUCAGACAUGGCGUUGGUGUUGAAGUUGGAGUCCCACCCUUAUCCCCAUACGGCCGGGUGGCCUGGCCAGACCCUCUACCUGAUGGCCUCCAGUUUCCCUGAUAAGCAGCGCUGGGUAGCUGUUACCGAGGCAACGGUCGCCGGGGCACGCAGCUCACGAGAGAAGGCCGAGGCCGACGCGAAGCUGCUGGGCAACUCUCUGUUGAAGCUGGAGGGAGACGACAGACUAGACAUCAACUGCACUCUACCCCUUACUGAUCAGAUUGUCCUGGUGGGGUCUGAGGAGGGCCUGUAUGCGUUGAACGUCAUCAAGAACUCGCUCACACACAUCCCCGGCCUGGGCAGCGUCUUCCAAAUACACGUCCUCAAGGAACACGAGAAACUACUCAUGAUCGUCGGGGAUGAGAGGGCGCUGUGUCUGCUGGAGAUUAAGAAGGUGAAGCAGUCUCUCUCCCAGUGCCACCUGCCCUCGCUGCCUGAGAUAUCACCUUACAUCUUCGAGACAGUCAAGGGAUGCCACCUCUUCUCAUCGGGCAGGAUUGACAACGGCUCCUGCAUCUGUGCUGCCAUGCCCAACAAGGUCACCAUCCUCAGAUACAACGACAACCUCAACAAGUUCUGCAUCCGCAAGGAGAUUGAGACUCUAGAACCCUGCAGCUGCAUUCUCUUCACCAGCUACAGCAUCAUCAUCGGAACCAACAAGUUCUACGAGAUCGAGAUGAAGCAGUAUGUACUGGAGGAGUUCCUGGAUAAGAACGACCUGUCUCUGGGGUCGGCCAUGUUUGCUGCGUCGGCUCACAGCUUCCCCAUCGCCAUCGUACAGGUGUCCAGCACACCACAGAAGGAGGAGUACCUGCUCUGCUACCACGAGUUUGGGCUGUUUGUGGAUUCCUAUGGGAGGAGGAGCCGACCUGAUGACCUCAAAUGGACAAGAGCGCCGCUAGCCUUCGCGUUUAGGGAGCCUUACCUGUUCGUCACCUACUUCAACUCUCUGGACGUCAUGGAGAUACUCAGCCACUCUCCUUUGGGUCCCUCCGCCUGUGCCCAUCUGGAUCUCCCCAAUCCCCGGUACCUGGGUCCUGCCAUCUCCUCGGGGGCGGUGUACCUGGCCUCCUCCUACCAGAACAAGCUGAGAGUCAUCUGCUGCAAGGGCAGCCUGCUGAGGGAGUCUGGAGAACUACACCGCACAGGCUCCAGCCGCAGCACCAGCCCCAGUAAACAGAGAGGACCCCCCACCUACACAGAACACAUCUCCAAACGCCUCACAUCAGGACCCCCCAGCCAGGACGGAGGGGGUCUCCACCGUGAGCCCAGUACCCCGCAUCGCUACCGCGAGGGCCGCACGGAGUUCCGUCGUGACAAGUCCCCCGCGAGGCCCCUGGAGCGCGAGAAGUCGCCGGGCCGCGCACUGGAGGGGGUGUGUGUGAUGGACGGGGUGUGUGUGCGGCGCGAGAGGUCCCCCGCACGCUUCGAGGAGAGACCCCCAAGCACUCGGCUACACGCGGCCAGCUCCGUACGCACCCAACUCACACCCGUCAACAAGGUGUGGGACCAGUCUUCAGUGUGAGGACACCAGCGGAGAGAAAAGAAAACGAG